GGUCUCGACCAAGAAAGUUAGGGUUAGGUUAGGUUAGGUUAUAGCAUGACUACAGCGUGCCAUACGGUUUUGUACAGCGUUUCGGCAAUUCUCUUAACCUUAUCAGUGUCUUGCUAUUUUAAAACGUUUUUAAUUAAUCAUUAAAAUGGGUCAGACAGGAGAUCAGAGUAGCAAUGAUAAUGUAUUAAAUAUUCAAAAUGACAUUGAUAUUCGAAGUAAGAAGAAGCAUAAAUGUACUUAUCCUGAAUGUCAUGCUAUGUUUGCAAAACCUUCCAAAUUAGAAAGACAUAUAAGAUUGCAUACUGGAGAGAGACCUUAUAAAUGCAAUCAUGAAGGAUGUACAAAAUCAUAUACAAAUUCUUCUCACCUAAAAAGGCACUUGGAAACACAUAAUCCUACAAAAAGGGUAUUUGUAUGUCCACAUUGUUCGAUGUCAAUCAGUAAUCUUCAUAAUUUAAAACGUCAUUGUAAAUUGAUGCAUAGUGAAGACAAAAAACUUGUCUGUAAAGAAUGUGGUGAGACUUUCAAUAAGAAGCAUCAGUUUGCCCAGCAUAAAACUAUACAUUUUGGACCAGUAAUUUAUACGUGCGAUAAAUGCAACCAUAGUUUUACAAAUAUCAGUAAAUUUAAAAAAGACCAAAAGAGACAUGAGAAAGCUGCUAGAGAUUAUGUUUGUACAGAACCUGGAUGCUUAGAGGUGUUUGAUAAAUGGAUACAGCUAUGUGUACACAGAAAAACAAAACAUGUAACAAUUUACAUAUGUGAUACAUGCAACAAGAGCUUUUUUAGUAAAAAUAAAUUGAGAAAUCAUGUAAAAAUACAUUUUAAAAAUAGAUCGGUUUUAUCAUGUUCAUAUGAUAAUUGUAAUAAAACUUAUUUCUCUAAAUACAAUUUGGAAACACAUGUGAAAAUUAAGCAUUGUGGAGAAAGAUUUUAUUGUGAUAUAUGUUCUAUGGGAUUGACAUCAAAACGGAAAUUGAUAGAGCAUAUCCAACGUCAUUAUGAACUCAAAAAGAAAAAGAAAAAGAAGAUACAGAGAAAGAAAAGAAAAGAUGCUGGCUUACCAAAAAGAAGUGCAAUAACUAAACUAAUUGGAGUGGAUUUGCCACCUUCUUUAGAAAAGAUGAUAUUGGAACGAGAAUCAACUAUAGCAAAGACAGAAACAUUUGAUAAAAAUUUAAACAAUACAGAGAUUUUGUAGAUGUCAUUUUUUAAUUUCUUUAAAAAAUGUAUG